AUGGGGAGCUACGGCCUGGGUGUGCUGGGCCCUGCGCUGUUUCUGCUGCUGGUGCUGCGGCCUCCGCUGCUGAAAGCCGGAAGUUUGCGGCACAGUGUCCGGGGCUCCAGAGACCUGCAUGGCCUCGUUCUAAGUGGGAAAAGCCUCCAUAACUACCUCCGCCCAAAGGGGGGAACUGUCCACCACCUCCGCAGCCACUAUUCCCGGGAUAACCCGGAAAAAGAUACAAGGCAAUCCUGCCAGAGCGCAUAUGACCUUUACUUCAUCUUGGAUAAGUCAGGCAGUGUGAACAACAACUGGAUGGACAUUUACAACCUUGUGGAAGAUUUUGUCAAAAAGUUCGAAAACCCAAAACUGCGGAUAUCCUUCAUCACCUACUCCACAGAGGGCCACACCCUCAUGAAACUCACCUCAGAUAAAAAUGAAAUAAGUGAUGGUCUUAAUAAACUUCAGAAUACAGUGCCUACUGGAGCUACAAACAUGCAUGAAGGAUUUAAAAAGGCAAAUGAGCAGAUUGAAAAAGCAAACUCUGGAGAAAACAAAGUUCCUUCCAUGAUUAUCUCCUUGACGGAUGGAACACUGCUACCAGAGUCCUUUGAUGAGACUAAGUACGAAGCUGCAAAGGCUCGGAAAAUGGGGUCAACCAUUUAUGCCAUUGGUGUAAAAGACUAUAGGAAAGACCAGCUGUUGGAAAUUGCAGACAGCCCAGAACACAUGAUUGGAGUGGACAAUGGAUUUAAGGAACUGAGAAGCAUCGUAGAACCACUCACAAGUAAGGCAUGUAUUGAAAUUACAAAAGUGGAGCCUGUGCAUUUGUGUGCAGGAGAAGACUAUGAAAUUAUGAUUUCUGGAAAAGGAUUUAAUAAUGCAAUAAACAAGGAGGAAGUUAUUUGUAGAUUCCGCUUCAGCGAUGAUAAAUUCUUCGAUAAAAAAGCCACCACUGUGGAUGAUAACACCAUAACAUGCUCAGGAGUAAUGAUACAAAAACCAGACCAGUUGGUCCAUGUGGAAGUUAGCCUGAAUAAUGCCAUCAGCUUCAUCAGGAGUGAUGCUAACAUCACCAGCGACAACUGUAUGAGUGCCAGGCCCUGCAAGGAGCCACCAGUGCAGAAGAUAGUAAUGGCACCCGUGAGGGAAUGUAUACGGCCCCGCCCAGUGGUGGUCCCUUGUAGGUGCCGAGGAGGCGGGAUAAGACGGAUAGAGAGGAGGUGCCUCAACUUUGCCCGAUUGAGGCCCCCCUGCAUGAAGUAUCCCUGUACCCCAAAGAUCUGCCUUCUACCCUGCACCCCAAAGAUCUGCUUUCCACCCAGCCAGGAGUGCUUCCCCAUCAGCAACUGCUACUCAUGCUGCCAAUGCCCAUCACGCAAGUGUUCCCGGCUUCCCUCCAGGAUGCUGCCACUGAUGGACCCCUCUUCCCGGGCACUCUGCGGAACCACUCUGUCACUCCCACCGCCAUAG